UCCCCUCAGGCUCGUCUGCGCCGGGGGCCGCGGGCCGGUUCCUGAGGUGGCCCAGGCGUCCUCCAGCCGCCGGCGCCGCCCGGGCUGUCCCUCCCGCCGCCCCCCGCCCUCCACCUCCGCCUCCCCCCCGCCCUCCUCCUCCCUUCCCCCUCCCCGCCCAGCAGCGGUCGCUCCGGCCCCGGCUCUCGGUUAUAAGAUGGCGGCGCUGAGCGGCGGCGGCGGCGGCGCGGAGCAGGGCCAGGCUCUGUUCAACGGGGACAUGGAGCCGGAGGCCGGCGCCGGCGCCGCGGCCUCGUCGGCCGCGGACCCUGCCAUUCCCGAGGAGGUAUGGAAUAUCAAACAAAUGAUUAAAUUGACACAGGAACAUAUAGAGGCCCUAUUGGACAAAUUUGGUGGGGAGCAUAAUCCACCAUCAAUAUAUCUGGAGGCCUAUGAAGAAUACACCAGCAAGCUAGAUGCCCUCCAACAAAGAGAACAACAGUUAUUGGAAUCCCUGGGGAAUGGAACUGAUUUUUCUGUUUCUAGUUCUGCAUCAACGGACACCGUUACAUCUUCUUCCUCUUCUAGCCUUUCAGUGCUACCUUCAUCUCUUUCAGUUUUUCAAAAUCCCACAGAUGUGUCACGGAGCAACCCUAAGUCACCACAAAAACCUAUCGUUAGAGUCUUCCUGCCCAACAAACAGAGGACAGUGGUACCUGCAAGGUGUGGCGUUACAGUCCGGGACAGUCUAAAGAAAGCACUGAUGAUGAGAGGUCUAAUCCCAGAGUGCUGUGCUGUUUACAGAAUUCAGGAUGGAGAGAAGAAACCAAUUGGCUGGGACACUGAUAUUUCCUGGCUCACUGGAGAGGAAUUGCAUGUAGAAGUGUUGGAGAAUGUUCCACUUACAACACACAACUUUGUACGGAAAACUUUUUUCACCUUAGCAUUUUGUGACUUUUGUCGAAAGCUGCUUUUCCAGGGUUUCCGCUGUCAAACAUGUGGUUAUAAAUUUCACCAGCGUUGUAGUACAGAGGUUCCACUGAUGUGUGUUAAUUAUGACCAACUUGAUUUGCUGUUUGUCUCCAAGUUCUUUGAACACCACCCAGUAUCACAGGAGGAGGCCUCCUUAGCAGAGACUGCCCUUACGUCUGGAUCAUCCCCUUCUGCACCCCCCUCCGAUUCCAUUGGGCCCCAAAUUCUCACCAGUCCAUCUCCUUCAAAAUCCAUUCCAAUUCCACAGCCUUUCCGACCAGCAGAUGAAGAUCAUCGAAAUCAGUUUGGACAACGAGACCGGUCCUCAUCAGCUCCAAAUGUACAUAUAAACACAAUAGAACCUGUCAAUAUUGAUGACUUGAUUAGAGACCAAGGGUUUCGUAGUGAUGGAGGAUCAACCACAGGUUUAUCUGCCACCCCCCCUGCCUCAUUACCUGGCUCACUCACUAAUGUGAAGGCAUUACAGAAAUCUCCAGGACCUCAACGGGAAAGGAAAUCAUCUUCAUCCUCAGAAGACAGGAAUCGAAUGAAAACUCUUGGUAGACGGGAUUCAAGUGACGAUUGGGAGAUUCCUGAUGGGCAGAUCACAGUGGGACAAAGAAUUGGAUCUGGGUCAUUUGGGACAGUCUACAAGGGAAAGUGGCAUGGUGAUGUGGCAGUGAAAAUGUUGAAUGUGACAGCACCCACACCUCAGCAGUUACAGGCCUUCAAAAAUGAAGUAGGAGUACUCAGGAAAACUCGACAUGUGAAUAUCCUACUCUUCAUGGGCUAUUCAACAAAGCCACAACUGGCUAUUGUUACCCAGUGGUGUGAGGGCUCCAGCUUAUAUCACCAUCUCCACAUCAUUGAGACCAAAUUUGAGAUGAUCAAACUUAUAGAUAUUGCUCGGCAAACUGCACAGGGCAUGGAUUACUUACACGCCAAGUCAAUCAUCCACAGAGACCUCAAGAGUAAUAAUAUUUUUCUUCAUGAAGACCUCACAGUAAAAAUAGGUGAUUUUGGUCUAGCCACAGUGAAAUCUCGAUGGAGUGGGUCCCAUCAGUUUGAACAGUUGUCUGGAUCCAUUUUGUGGAUGGCACCAGAAGUAAUCAGAAUGCAAGAUAAAAACCCGUAUAGCUUUCAAUCAGAUGUAUAUGCCUUUGGGAUUGUUCUGUAUGAAUUGAUGACUGGACAGUUACCUUAUUCAAACAUCAACAACAGGGACCAGAUAAUUUUUAUGGUGGGAAGAGGAUAUCUAUCUCCAGAUCUCAGUAAGGUACGGAGUAACUGUCCAAAAGCCAUGAAGAGAUUAAUGGCAGAGUGCCUAAAAAAGAAAAGAGACGAGAGACCACUCUUCCCCCAAAUUCUCGCCUCUAUUGAGCUGCUGGCCCGCUCAUUGCCAAAAAUUCACCGCAGUGCAUCAGAGCCCUCCUUGAAUCGGGCUGGCUUCCAGACAGAGGAUUUUAGUCUAUAUGCUUGUGCUUCUCCGAAAACACCCAUCCAGGCAGGGGGAUAUGAUAUCUCUGCUUGCCAAACAACCAGGUAAUAGAUUUUUUAAAAAUUACUGUUACUUUAGAUUGUGCUUAACUCUCGUGAUACCUGUUUUAGCAAUCACCUUAUCAAACUGCCUCACAAAAUUUCUGUGCUCUUUAUAUUCUUUGCCCAAGAAGAUUCUAGUUAUUAUGAAUGAAUGCUGUUCUCUUUUUUGCAUUCCACAGCGUGAAGUAUUUGUUGACAGUUUCUAAUGCUUACGCUUUCAUGUGUUGAAAAUGGCUGUAAUGUGGCAGUCAGCAUAUUCUUACUGUGAACCAGAAUCGUAUUGAGAAUCAAAAGUGAAAAGAAGCAACAUUGCUCUCAUCUUAUCUAAGAAAUUGCCAUCUCCACUUCAGAGUCAGCCUAGGGACCAAAGGCAGCCUCUUAAAUAAAUCUUCAUUUACUCAA